ACAGGGGAUCCAGGUGGCCCAGGUGGUGGCCCAGGUGUUGGCCCAGGUGGGUUGUUGUCAUCUGGAGUAACAGGUGUUGCAGGUGGUCCUGGUGGUGUUCCUGGUGGAUCAGGUGGCGGUCUCGUUGGGCCAGGUGGAGGUCUUGGUGAACUAGGUGGUGGCCCAGGUGGUGGUCCAGGGGAUCCAGGUGGCCCAGGUGUUGGCCCAGGUGGGUUGUUGUCAUCUGGAGUAACAGGGGUUGCAGGUGGUCCUGGUGGUGUUCCUGGUGGAUCAGGUGGCGGUCUCGGUGGGCCAGAUGGAGGUCUUGGUGAACUAGGUGGUGGCCCAGGUGGUGGUCCAGGUGGCGGUCUCGGUGGGCCAGAUGGAGGUCUUGGUGAACUAGGUGGUGGCCCAGGUGGUGGUCCAGGUGGGUUGUUGUCAUCUGGUGUUACAGGGGAUCCAGGUGGCCCAGGUGGUGGCCCAGAUGGGUUCCCAGGUGGUGGCCCAGGUGUUGGCCCAGGUGGGUUGUUGUCAUCUGGAGUAACAGGGGUUGCAGGUGAUCCUGGUGGUGUUCCUGGUGGAUCAGGUGGCGGUCUCGGUGGGCCAGGUGGAGGUCUUGGUGAACUAGGUGGUGGCCCAGGUGGUGGUCCAGGUGGGUUGUUGUCAUCUGGUGUUACAGGGGAUCCAGGUGGCCCAGGUGUUGGCCCAGGUGGGUUGUUGUCAUCUGGAGUAACAGGGGUUGCAGGUGGUCCUGUUGGUGUUCCUGGUGGAUCAAAUGGCGGUCUCGGUCGGCCAGGUGGAGGUCUUGGUGAACUAGGUGGUGGCCCAGGUGGUGGUCCAGGUGGGUUGUUGUUAUCUGGUGUAACAGGGGAUCCAGGUGGCCCAGGUGGUGGCCCAGGUGUUGGCCCAGGUGGGUUGUUGUCAUCUGGAGUAACAGGUGUUGCAGGUGGUCCUGGUGGUGUUCCUGGUGGAUCAGGUGGCGGUCUCGGUGGGCCAGGUGGAGGUCUUGGUGAACUAGGUGGUGGCCCAGGUGGUGGUCCAGGUGGGUUGUUGUCAUCUGGUGUUACAGGGGAUCCAGGUGGCCCAGGUGGUGGCCCAGGUGUUUGCCCAGGUGGGUUGUUGUCAUCUGGAGUAACAGGUGUUGCAGGUGGUCCUGGUGGUGUUCCUGGUGGAUCAGGUGGCGGUCUCGUUGGGCCAGGUGGAGGUCUUGGUGAACUAGGUGGUGGCCCAGGUGGUGGUGUUGGCCCAGGUGGGUUGUUGUCAUCUGGAGUAACAGGGGUUGCAGGUGGUCCUGGUGGUGUUCCUGGUGGAUCAGGUGGCGGUCUCGGUGGGCCAGAUGGAGGUCUUGGUGAACUAGGUGGUGGCCCAGGUGGUGGUCCAGGUGGGUUGUUGUCAUCUGGUGUUACAGGGGAUCCAGGUGGCCCAGGUGUUGGCCCAGGUGGGUUGUUGUCAUCUGGAGUAACAGGGGUUGCAGGUGGUCCUGGUGGUGUUCCUGGUGGAUCAGGUGGCGGUCUCGGUGGGCCAGAUGGAGGUCUUGGUGAACUAGGUGGUGGCCCAGGUGGUGGUCCAGGUGGGUUGUUGUCAUCUGGUGUUACAGGGGAUCCAGGUGGCCCAGGUGGUGGCCCAGAUGGGUUCCCAGGUGGUGGCCCAGGUGUUGGCCCAGGUGGGUUGUUGUCAUCUGGAGUAACAGGGGUUGCAGGUGAUCCUGGUGGUGUUCCUGGUGGAUCAGGUGGCGGUCUCGGUGGGCCAGGUGGAGGUCUUGGUGAACUAGGUGGUGGCCCAGGUGGUGGUCCAGGUGGGUUGUUGUCAUCUGGUGUUACAGGGGAUCCAGGUGGCCCAGGUGGUGGCCCAGGUGUUGGCCCAGGUGGGUUGUUGUCAUCUGGAGUAACAGGUGUUGCAGGUGGUCCUGGUGGUGUUCCUGGUGGAUCAGGUGGCGGUCUCGUUGGGCCAGGUGGAGGUCUUGGUGAACUAGGUGGUGGCCCAGGUGGUAGUCCAGGUGGGUUGUUGUCAUCUGGUGUUACAGGGGAUCCAGGUGGCCCAGGUGUUGGCCCAGGUGGGUUGUUGUCAUCUGGAGUAACAGGGGUUGCAGGUGGUCCUGGUGGUGUUCCUGGUGGAUCAGAUGGCGGUCUCGGUCGGCCAGGUGGAGGUCUUGGUGAACUAGGUGGUGGCCCAGGUGGUGGUCCAGGUGGGUUGUUGUCAUCUGGAGUAACAGGUGUUGCAGGUGGUCCUGGUGGUGUUCCUGGUGGAUCAGGUGGCGGUCUCGGUCGGCCAGGUGGAGGUCUUGGUGAACUAGGUGGUGGCCCAGGUGGUGGUCCAGGUGUGUUGUUGUUAUCUGGUGUUACAGGGGAUCCAGGUGGCCCAGGUGGUGGCCCAGGUGUUGGCCCAGGUGGGUUGUUGUCAUCUGGAGUAACAGGUGUUGCAGGUGGUCCUGGUGGUGUUCCUGGUGGAUCAGGUGGGGGUCUCGGUGGGCCAGGUGGAGGUCUUGGUGAACUAGGUGGUGGCCCAGGUGGUGGUCCAGGUGUGUUGUUGUUAUCUGGUGUAACAGGGGAUCCAGGUGGCCCAGGUGGUGGCCCAGAUGGGUUCCCAGGUGGUGGCCCAGGUGUUGGCCCAGGUGGGUUGUUGUCAUCUGGAGUAACAGGGGUUGCAGGUGAUCCUGGUGGUGUUCCUGGUGGAUCAGGUGGCGGUCUCGGUGGGCCAGGUGGAGGUCUUGGUGAACUAGGUGGUGGCCCAGGUGGUGGUCCAGGUGGGUUGUUGUCAUCUGGUGUUACCGGGGAUCCAGGUGGCCCAGGUGGUGGCCCAGGUGUUGGCCCAGGUGGGUUGUUGUCAUCUGGAGUAACAGGUGCUGCAGGUGGUCCUGGUGGUGUUCCUGGUGCAUCAGGUGGCGGUCUCGGUCGGCCAGGUGGAGGUCUUGGUGAACUAGGUGGUGGCCCAGGUGGUGGUCCAGGUGUGUUGUUGUUAUCUGGUGUUACAGGGGAUCCAGGUGGCCCAGGUGGUGGCCCAGGUGUUGGCCCAGGUGGGUUGUUGUCAUCUGGAGUAACAGGGGUUGCAGGUGGUCCUGGUGGUGUUCCUGGUGGAUCAGUUGGCGGUCUCGGUGGGCCAGGUGGAGGUCUUGGUGAACUAGGUGGUGGCCCAGGUGGUGGUCCAGGUGGGUUGUUGUCAUCUGGUGUUACAGGGGAUCCAGGUGGCCCAGGUGGUGGCCCAGAUGGGUUCCCAGGUGGUGGCCCAGGUGUUGGCCCAGGUGGGUUGUUGUCAUCUGGAGUAACAGGGGUUGCAGGUGAUCCUGGUGGUGUUCCUGGUGGAUCAGGUGGCGGUCUCGGUCGGCCAGGUGGAGGUCUUGGUGAACUAGGUGGUGGCCCAGGUGGUGGUCCAGGUGGGUUGUUGUCAUCUGGUGUUACAGGGGAUCCAGGUGGCCCAGGUGGUGGCCCAGGUGUUGGCCCAGGUGGGUUGUUGUCAUCUGGAGUAACAGGUGUUGCAGGUGGUCCUGGUGGUCUUCCUGGUGGAUCAGGUGGCGGUCUCGGUCGGCCAGGUGGAGGUCUUGGUGAACUAGGUGGUGGCCCAGGUGGUGGUCCAGGUGUGUUGUUGUUAUCUGGUGUUACAGGGGAUCCAGGUGGCCCAGGUGGUGGCCCAGGUGUUGGCCCAGGUGGGUUGUUGUCAUCUGGAGUAACAGGUGUUGCAGGUGGUCCUGGUGGUGUUCCUGGUGGAUCAGGUGGCGGUCUCGGUGGGCCAGGUGGAGGUCUUGGUGAACUAGGUGGUGGCCCAGGUGGUGGUCCAGGUGUGUUGUUGUUAUCUGGUGUAACAGGGGAUCCAGGUGGCCCAGGUGGUGGCCCAGAUGGGUUCCCAGGUGGUGGCCCAGGUGUUGGCCCAGGUGGGUUGUUGUCAUCUGGAGUAACAGGGGUUGCAGGUGAUCCUGGUGGCGUUCCUGGUGGAUCAGGUGGCGGUCUCGGUGGGCCAGGUGGAGGUCUUGGUGAACUAGGUGGUGUCCCAGGUGGUGGUCCAGGUGGGCUGUUGUCAUCUGGUGUUACAGGGGAUCCAGGUGGCCCAGGUGGUGGCCCAGGUGUUGGCCCAGGUGGGUUGUUGUCAUCUGGAGUAACAGGUGUUGCAGGUGGUCCUGGUGGUGUUCCUGGUGCAUCAGGUGGCGGUCUCGGUCGGCCAGGUGGAGGUCUUGGUGAACUAGGUGGUGGCCCAGGUGGUGGUCCAGGUGUGUUGUUGUUAUCUGGUGUUACAGGGGAUCCAGGUGGCCCAGGUGUUGGCCCAGGUGGGUUGUUGUCAUCUGGAGUAACAGGUGUUGCAGGUGGUCCUGGUGGUGUUCCUGGUGGAUCAGGUGGCGGUCUCGGUGGGCCAGGUGGAGGUCUUGGUGAACUAGGUGGUGGCCCAGGUGGUGGCCCAGGUGGCGGUCUCGGUCGGCCAGGUGGAGGUCUUGGUGAACUAGAUGGUGGCCCAGGUUGUGGCCCAGGUGGGUUGUUGUCAUCUGGAGUGGCGGUCUCGGUCGGCCAGGUGGAGGUCUUGGUGAACUAG